AAGUCUCCCAUUUUCAUCAGAACUCGACGAUUCAACCCUUCACAGAAACUUACAUCAACAGGUGCAUCUGCAUUCUUUCAACAAUCUUGACAAGCCGAGAAGCAAAUUAAAAACAGAUGCAAAUUGCAAUCUACUUCGGUCUGCAAGAAACCUGCAUCAUAUUCCUUAUAUCAAUAUUCGUCUUGAAAUUUCGAUAAACUACAAGCUACUAGCAGAUUUGCUGUACGACUUUCAAAGUUGAACUCAACGACAACCCCAACAACCAAGAUGGCCACCUACGAUGAUGACGUUGCUGCCCUGGUCGUUGAUAACGGAUCGGGUAUGUGUAAGGCUGGCUUCGCAGGCGACGAUGCACCACGAGCUGUCUUCCCAUCUGUUGUCGGUAGACCAAAGCAUCAGAUAAUCAUGGCUGGCAUGGGUCCAAAAGACAGCUACAUCGGUGACGAGGCCCAGAGCAAGAGAGGAAUUCUAGCCCUAAAAUACCCAAUCGAACACGGUAUUGUCACCAACUGGGACGAUAUGGAGAAGAUCUGGCAUCAUACCUUCUACAACGAGCUCCGUGUCGCCCCCGAAGAACACCCGAUACUCUGCACUGAGGCUCCGAUGAAUCCCAAAGCAAACAGAGAAAAAAUGACACAGAUAAUGUUUGAGACCUUCAACACUCCAGCUUUCUACGUGGCUAUCCAAGCUGUCAUGUCCCUCUACGCCUCAGGGCGGACAACCGGUACCGUCUUCGAUGCUGGUGAUGGCGUCUCCCACGUAGUGCCGAUCUAUGAAGGGUACGCCCUCCCUCAUGCCAUUCUUCGUCUUGAUCUUGCCGGACGUGAUCUUACGCAUUAUUUAAUGAGGAUUCUCGCUGAACGAGGAUAUUCAUUUGUCAGUUCCGCCGAACGAGAAAUAGUCCGCGACAUCAAAGAGAAGCUGUGCUACGUCGCCCUCGACUUCGACCAGGAGAUGCAAACCGCUGCGUCGUCAUCGUCACUCGAGAAGAGCUACGAGCUCCCCGACGGUCAGGUCAUCACUAUAGGCAACGAGAGAUUCCGUGCUCCCGAAGCCCUCUUCCAACCGUCUUUCCUCGGCCACGAGAUGACUGGCAUCCACGAGACAGUCUACAACAGUGUCAUGAAGUGCGAUAUAGAUAUCCGCAAGGACCUUUACGCCAAUACGGUGUUGUCUGGUGGCUCCACCAUGUUUCCAGGAGUCGCUGACAGGAUGCACAAGGAGCUCUCCGCCCUGACUCCACCCUCCAUGAAGAUCAAGAUCAUAGCUCCUCCUGAAAGAAAGUACUCCGUGUGGAUCGGGGGCUCCAUCUUGGCUUCUCUCUCCACCUUUCAGAACAUGUGGAUCAGCAAGCAGGAGUACGACGAAUGUGGACCAGGGAUCGUUCAUAGGAAAUGCUUUUAAACAGAAUAAUAAUUUAGGAACAUAUUUUGAUCAGGAUUUUAAUCCAAGACGUGCAUUGUGAGCCAGGGUCAGUUUUUUAAUACAAUAUCUUGACAAUUCUAAAAGUGGUUUAUUCUUAAACUUCCUUAAAUAUAAGAAAAAUACUCUGUCCUUACAUAUUCUGUACAUUGUUAGCCGCAUCCUCUCUCCCCUUCAGAGGAGUUUGUGCAUGGUAAGUACCAGAGUUAUAAGCAGCGUACUCGCAAACUAUUCAGUCGACAUGAUGACUAAAUUCGCCUCACUUUGUAAGUGAAUUCAACGUGAAAUAUGUAAUCAUAUCUUACAUAUCCUAUUGACCAUAGAAUGAAUUGAAUAAUCUUUUCUUCCAUCAAGGCCCCCUAAACGAGUCGAAGUAAAUCUCAGGCCAAGAACCCCGGGGCCCUGUUUCAUAUAA